AUGGAAGGUUUUGAUGACUUAACUGAGUCAUCUGAAACAGCCUCAGAGUAUGGCAGUUCUCCUUGCCCCAAUUAUGAAGCUGUGUUGAAGCUGAUUGAACAUCUUAGCCUGGAAUGCAAAGAUUCUAGUAGCCUAUUAAAAAUCCAAGAUACAGUCCAUUCAUAUAAAAGAGUAAUAAAGUUUAAAACUAGUCAGUGCAAAGUACUUAGAGAGAAACUGCACGCAACUGAAAGUGAAGCCAGCGGACUGCAUAAGAAGCUAUCAGAAGCAGGACGGCAAAGGCUAGAACAGGAACAAGAGCUGUGCAAUCUAAGAUUUGCUUUAAAACAAGAAGAGGAGAAGAGGAAAAAUGCUGACUGGGUUUAUGCAAAAAUUAAAGAGCAGUUAAGAGAAAAAGAAGAGCAACAUAAUAAAGAAGUUAAAAUGAAACAAAAACUUGAACUCCGUGUUAGGGACCUGGAUGUGGAAUUGAAGACUGUGAGAAAUAAUCUUGACAAAGCUUUCGUGGAACGAAAUGGCAUUGAGAGGCAACUUUUGCAAGAGAGGAAUGCCAGAAUCUUACAGGAUGAGAUUCUGGCAAAUCACCUUCACAAACAAAGGGAACUAGAAAUGGCGCAAGAAAAAAUGAGCUCCCAGUUACAAGAAGCACUGGACCAGCACAUAAAGCCUGCACAGUGCGCUCAGGAGAUGCAGGACUGCAUACAGAAACUUAGACUUGAAAAUUACAAGUUAAAAGCUACAGCAAGGAAGCAAGCAGAGAAAAUUGAACAGUUAAAGAAAAAUCUACUAAAUGAAAUGUUGACUGAUGAUCUUAUUGCAAAACUGGAAAGUGCAUCUUCCAAGUGUCUACGUCUGCAUAAGGAAAACCAGCUGCUGCAGCGGGAGUUACUGUCCAUGAAAGCUAUAGAGAAGAAAUGUGAGAAACUGAGGAAGCACAAGAAGAAGCUGGAGCUGGAAGUAGUUCACCUCAAGCAUCACAUGGAGAAGGCCAUGAUAGAGCGCGGCCAACUAGAGCACUAUAAAUGGGAAAUCCAAGAGACAACAAAGCAGGACUUAGUAGAAAAAUUAAAACAAGUCAACCUGUUUCUGGAGACACAAGCAGCAUAUGAAGACAAGCUAGAAAAGUUAAGACACAAACAGAAUGCUUCCGUGCGAUCCCAGAUGGAGCUUAAAAUAAGGGACCUGGAAUCGGAAUUCUCUAAAAUGAGAAGUCAAGUAGACUGCAACAAAAUGGAAAUGGAAAACUAUAAGCAGCUCUACCUAGAAGAAGUCAAAAUUAGAAAGUCACUGUCAAAUAAACUACGCAAAACCGAUGAAAGGCUAGCAGAGGUCAAGACCAAACUUCUCCUGGAGAGAAAACAGAACAGAGCUUCACAACACAGCACCGUCGGCACGAGAUCCAUCGUGGAGUCUACACAUCGUAGAGACCUUAGUAAUAAUUUUUUUAUUCCAAGAAGCAUCUCUGUAGACAACAUGGCUCCAACCUCAAGCUUCUGGAACUCCAUCGAGACCAUGGAAAGUUGCAAGACUAAGAUCCCUCUGUUGAAAGACUCUCCAUAG